CUCUCUAACCUUCUGGACCCAACAGAUAUUUCCCCUCUUUAAACAUUCUCGAAAUUUCUAUGUUCAACCGCCACACCGAUCUUUUCCUUCUUAUAAAUAACCCCCUGCCAUGCAUAAGGUCUGAAGCUCAAUUUCAGAAUUUCUCCUGGUUUUCUGUCUGCAAUGCAAAAAUAUGGAGCAAAGCUCACCGCCUUAUUAUAAAGUUCUUGGCGUUACUGUGGACUCCUCUGUCGAAGAAAUCAAACAAGCUUAUCGCAAGCUUGCCAUGAAAUGGCAUCCUGAUAAGUGGACCAAGAAUCCUUCUUUGUUGGGGGAAGCCAAGAGCAAGUUUCAGCAGAUUCAAGAAGCUUAUUCAGUUUUGUCAGAUGAGGGAAAGAGAACUUUAUACGAUGUGGGCUUGUAUGAUCCUGCAGAGGAAGAAGAAGAGGUAAGUGAAUUGCGAUUUUCUGAUUUUGUGCAAGAAAUGGUCUCUCUAAUGGCACAAACAAGAAAAGAGGAUAAAUGUUACAGUUUGGAGGAGCUACAGGCAAUGUUGAUGGAGAUGUCAGAAGGAUUUGGGGCAUCCUCGUGGUUGAAUAAUGAGUACUCAGUUCUUGAAGAUUCAAGAUGUUCAAAGAGGACUUGUUGGGAAACAAGUGAAGCAACAAGCUCACUUUUCGGCUGGGAGAUUUCAGAGCAAAUCAUUUUGCUCUGAAAUGUUAAUUUUAUUAAUAACAACAGCCUGAGGUUGAUAGCGCCUCUUGGCUGUACAGUUUCAUCUGGGCUUGAACAAGCGCAGGUGAGAUGAGUUAGAGCUAAAAUUUGAGUUUAAAAAUUGUAUAUUAUCGAGUUUUGAGUUUAGAAUUUAAUUUAAAUCAAUUAAAUUGAUAUUGUUGUAAUUAAUAUUUAUUAAAAUUAUAUUAUUUUAA